AUGAGCAUAGUGUUAGACCAGAGGAACAAUGAUUUUGAAUUGAAUACCGCAGUAGAGGAUGCGGCGACACGGUUUGUGAUAAAUGACUCCUAUUCGACAACGGAACAACUAUUUGCCCAAAUAGAGGAAGGCUAUUGGUUUUUCACAAAUGCCACAAGAGUCACUUAUCUCAAAUUGACUACCAUAAAUUUGAAGCAUUUUGCAAAUCUAAUAUUUGAAAAGUACCCUUUCAUUUUUCCCGGGAAAAAUAAACAUGACUUGUUGGUUGAGUUUGAUAGAUACAAGGCUUCCACUCAAGUCUGUGGUGUGGUGCUAUUUGAUGAGUCACUAAGUAAGAUCGUAUUGAUCCAGUCUCUGUUAUGUAACUCUUGGAGGUUCCCAUCCUGUACUAUUAGCAAGGUUGAUAAUGCUUUGGAGAGUGCCAUUCGCGCUUGUUUAUAUCAAACUGGAAUUGAUGUUAGUGGUUUAGUUCAUGAGGAUUAUAUAAUUGAAAGAACUAUACAGGGAACAACCCAUAUGCUUUAUAUGGUGAAGAUUCUUCCAGAGAGAACUAUUGUCCAGUCGUCUAGUGGGAAUAGAGCUCGAUGGGAAAAUUGGAGCACAGUGGUUGAGAAAUGCAAAUCUGCGACUGAGGGGUUUAAGUUCUCUUCCAUUAAAUACAUGAUUCAACCAAUCUCAAUUUGGAGAAAGAAGAUUCAGAACUCAAUAAUAUUAUCCCAACAAUUGAAAUUGGAGGCAGAAGCACUAUUGAAGGAAUUAUUAGGAAUAACAGAAUCUGUCAAAGCUGCGCAAAAGACAGACACUAAUUCAAACUGCAGACCAGAUCACAACACAUCACAAGUACGCAGCGAAAAUGGAGAGGGAUAUAAUCAACUGUACCCAAAAAUAUAUAAAAAUCCCUCUCAGAUAUCACGACCAAUGAAAGAGAUUAAAAUAUUGAAACGUCUGUCUAUUGCAAGCUCGCCAUUUAAGCCAACAAAUUCCAAGAUGGCUAAUCAGAAGAUCACAAUUCUUAAAAGGGUUCCGAAAUCUGAUAAUUCUAGAACAUCUACAGAUGAAAAUCAAUUUGUGAACCAAAUUUUCAAAUCACAGCAAACAAUAAACCCUUCUGAUGUCGAAGCUUUUGCUGAUCCUGACCUGUCACUAAAUUCACUGGAAUCCACACCAAGUGGUCCUAAUUCUACAUCGUUACGGCCGCUGUUAGAAAAACCAAUCUUUAAUUAUCCCAACCAUCUUCAUGAGGACUCAGAAUCAUCUCAUCUGGAUGAAAUUGAGUAUUCUUCAACUAAUGACAAUGCAAAUAUGGAGAUUCCGACCAUUGGGGCAUUAUUUACCGCAGUAUCAACAGAGGAACUGUCACCACUGCUGAGCGCAUCACUAUCUAGUUCAAUUCUGCAAAACUAUUACCGUAAACCGGUUAUUGACCCAAAAAAGAUUAAAAUUCUUAAAAGGGGUGACAAUCAGAAUGGCAUACCAAAUAACACAAUUUGUAACCAAUCGUCUUUCCCAUUAAAAGCUCCUGGGGCGCUGACGGAAAAACCUAUGCAUUUCCCUGCGGCCUAUCAAACGUUUAUCAAUGCCAACUUUAAUAGCCUUACGUAUUCUGAUUAUGAAUUGAAGAAUAAAAUUCUUGAUGAAAGCUACUGCAAGUAUUCGUCGGAAGAAGAAUCGUCAGAAGGGGAUUCCGAUGAAGAUGAAGCAGGAAAGAGAGAGCUUUUGGAAUUAUUAAGGGGGAUUGGCGGUCCCUAA